ACUUCUUCCAAACAUGUGACAAAGCGUUUUAGCACCUCGCCUCUGGACAGCCACCGGACCUUGUUGUGGAGCAGGAGGUCAGAAUAUAUGCUUUCCACCUCAUCCAAUAGCAAACGGAACUGGCGGUGGUUUAAACCCUUUGCCAUUAUUUUAUUAACAAUCUGAAUGACCACAUCCAUCACUUUUGUGCAUUCCGGGGGAAAUGUUUGAGCACACAAUGCCUCUUGGUGCAGGAUGCAAUGAAAUGACAGCAGCGUUCUACCCAGCGCCUUCUGCAGUAGAGCCACAAAGCCCUUCUGUGCUCCUCUCAUGCUCGGUGCCCCAUCAGUAGCCACUGAGACCAGGUGGUUGGUGUUUAUUUUUUUAGCACUUAAAAAGUCCAGGACAGCCUUACAGAUAUCCUCACCGCUUGUUUGGUCUUUUAGUGGUAUCAGCUCAAUCAGUUCUUCCUGUGGCCCAAAAGAGUUCACAUAUCGGCAGAACAGCGCUAUUUGUUCAAUAUCACCUUCAUCUUUGGACUCAUCACAGGCGAUGGAGUACGCCACAGCUGAAUUAAUGUCUUGAAUUUGCUGUUUGCUAAUGUUUUCUGCCAUUUUUAGGGUUCUGUCUUUGACAGUCUUCGCAGAGAGAGGCAUGUCUUUGAUUUUCUGCACAAUUUCAUUCUUGUUUUUGAAGUCCAUGUGUAGAUGUUCCGAAAUAUUAAUGAAUGCUUCUUUUAUAUACUCUCCAUCUGUGAAGGGCUUCCCGUGCUUGACUAUUUCCUGAGCGGCCACAAAACUAGCAUAUGUUGUGGAAUUUUCAGUCUUCACCCACUUCUUGAAAUUAUUUUUGCUCAUAUUAACCUUCCUCAUAAGUUCUGCAAUGGCUUUUCGUCUCUCAUCUCCAUCUGGAUAUUUUUCAGCAAAGGCUGUGUGUUUAUUCUGGAAAUGUCUUGCAAUAUUCGACUUUUUGUUGUUUGCAAAUUUCUCGCCACAUAUUAAGCAUACUGGUAAACCAGUCUCGUCAGUAGAGAAUGCGAAUGAUUCUGUCCAUGAGGAGCGGAGCUGAUGGAGGCAGCCAUGUUUUGCGUUACCUAGCAACGGCAACGUUAUUGCCUGUCACCGGGCGGGCAGUGUGGAGCGGAGCGGCGACGCCAGAGCAGGUGUCACAGUGCGCCUCCUCCCCUCGCUAGCAUCCGCCCCGGAGCCGCGGUCAAGGUUCAAAAGAGCCGCAUGCGGCUCCGGAGCCGCAGGUUGCCGACCCCUGGUAUAGCGAAACGUCGAACCUCCUCCUCCACCUCCACCACCUCCACCACCACCACCUCCACCACCACCUCCACACGAGGCAAUAGCUUCGUGUGUCACCUCCUCGCCACGACGGAGUAGAGAGCUCAAGACCCCCACCACCCACACAGACGUCUACGGAGCGAACCACGAGCGGCGGUGGCGGGCGGACUUCCGGCAGCAGAGGACAUCCACGUGACCGGCGGAGUCUGCGCUCAUUUCCCCUCUAGCGGCGGCGUCUGCGCUGGAAGCGUUUCGGGGCGGCGGACAUGGAGCAGCAGUACGAGGCGGUGGCCGAGUUGGGCGCUGGGGUCUACGGGGCCGCGACGGCGUUGAAGGCUCGCGACCUGCGAGACGAGGGCCGCUUUGUGGCGCUGCUCAAGGGCCUGCGCCUGCAGACAGGCCGGGGCCGGGAGGGGGAGACCUGGCAGCUGCAGCAGCUGCUGCAGCUCAUGAAGUUGGAGCACCCCAACGUGGUGAGGCUGCUGGACUUCGGCGUGGAUCCUGGCGAGGGCGACGCGCGGCUCGCCGUGGCCUUUGAGCUCGUGGACCGGGACCUGUCCACCUACCUGGGGACGUCGCCCCACACACCGUCCCACCACAUCAAGGAGGUGACGCGCCAGCUGCUGUGUGGGCUGCGCUACCUGCACGGCCACGGCCUGGAGCACGGCGAGCUCACGCCACGCAGCGUCCUGGUGACGGCCUCGGGGCGCGUCAAGCUCGCCGGCUGGGGGCUCGGACGCUUCCUCUUGGACAGCGCGAGCACGGCUCCCACCCCGGCGGUGUCCCCGUCGUGGUACCGCGCCCCGGAGCUGCUGCUGCUGCGGGUGACCUGCGGCCCGGCCGCCGACCUGUGGAGCGUCGGCUGCAUCUUAGCUGAGAUGUUUACACGCAGGCCUCUCUUCCCCGGAGGCUCCGAUGUCGAUCAGCUGGCGAAGAUAUUCGGUCUUCUGGGCGUGCCGAGCCUGGAGGAGUGGCCGCUCGGAGCCUCCCUGCCGCACACCGCUUUUGCCGGCCUCCGCGCUGCCCUUCCCCCGCGGGCUCUGGCUGACUCCACGCCGGAGGUCGGGCCGGAGGUCGCGCCGGACAACCAGAAUUUGGCGAUGGCGCUGAUGCUGGACCUGCUGACCUUCAGCCCCCGCAAGCGCAUCUCCGCGUCUGUCGCCCUGUACCAUCCGUACUUCUCUGAGGCCGCAGACGUGGCCAUGGGCGAGGGUACGGCCAUAAGCGAGGGUGCGGCCACGGGCGAGGGCGAGGCCUAAGGAGUAGGCCCCGGGGCGAGGCCUAAGGAGUAGGCCCCGGGGCGAGGCCUGAGGAGUAGGCCCCGGGGCGAGGCCUAAGGAGUGGGCCCCGGGGCGAGGCCUAAGGAGUGGGCCCCGGGGCGAGGCCUAAGGAGUGGGCCACUGGGCGAGGCCUAAGGAGUGGGCCCCAGGGCGAGGCCUAAGGAGUCGGCCCCAGGACGAGGCCUAAGGAGUAGGCCCCGGGCAGCAAGGCCGAGGGAGUUUGCGUCGUUUUUCGUUGGUCGCUUGUGUUGCGCCCGAAACGUUGCGAUUUGAUUUGUUUUAAU